AACGGUGCUGCACCAGUUGAGUAGUCCUCGACUUACGACCGGUUGGGGGGUUGCGGCAUUAAAAAGGUUGAGAACCACUGUAUUAGAAGAUUUGAGUAUUUUUAAGUAUAUAAUGCAGAUUAAUAAGUGAUACUAAUAGAUCAGGGGUCCCCAACCCCUGGGCUACAGCCCACUACUGGGCCGUGAGCCGUUCAGAACUGGGCCGCAGAAGCAGUGGGUGAGUGCACACACACAUCAUCACUUGCACGAGCAGCACAUGAGUGCAUGCAUGCACUCCAUUUGCGCAAGUGGUGGGCCUGCAUGUCCUUGCCAGCCACUUGCAUGGAACCAUCCACUCCCCCACCACCACCAGUCCGCAAAGCUGGAAAGUUUGGGGAACUCUAAUAGCUUAUUGAAAAUACUUUUAGUCUAUGGGGAAAAAACGGGGAAAUGAAUAUAAAAUUUAACGGUUUAUGUUACAAUAUUUUACAAAAUUUACAGGUUUAUAGAACGGUCAGGCUCCAAGAUUCCCUCUUUUACAGUCAAUUCACUGUGGCGAUAAUAGUGAGGAAAAAGUUAUUAUUUUUCUGGUCUUAUAACAGAAAAUUGGCUCUGUUCUGGGUGGGCCAUAUCCUCCUGGGGAGAAACAAUUUAGAGGGCCAUCUUCAGGUCUAUUCAUCUGCAGCAGCUUUCAAGGCAACUUCUGACAAGGUUGCUCAGAUCUGUUCUGAGUUGGAUUCUGCCCUGAGCAGAGUCCUUUGAAUUGUAAACUCAGCUAUUUGUACACUGAUUCCAUGUCCAUCCUGCUCUGUUAGGCCUGCCUGAGAAGUGUCAUGGGAGUUGGGCCAAGAAGUGGUCAAUUUGUCCUUGAAUGAAAAGGUGGCCUUGAUAGAUGAUACUGGAUAAUUGUCCAAUUCCUAACAUCCUCUUUUUGGAGAAAGUGGUUUAGUUGCAAUUUCAUAGGAUUCUGGGGGGAAUGGAUUACAGUAUCUGAUCCUUUAAAGAUUGAAGCUUAGGUGUAGAAGUAAGGUAGCAGUGAUUGCAUUUCUGUUCAUUUCUGAAAGGCUCAGAAUGGGAGUGGCCACCCCUCAAUUCUCAGCAGUUGUGCUGUGUCUUGGUUUCCUUUAGUCAAGCAAUGGCAUUUGAUAGGAUCAGAAAAUGUGCCUUCUCCAAUGGAGUAGUCCACCCACUCAUCCACCUUCCCCCCAAAAUUGGUCCAGACUCUGUUGGCUUUCAAAAGGCAAUGAAGAUCAGCUGCCCCAUGAGCAUUGGGCCAGGAUCCUGAGCAAUUCCCACCCCCCCCAAAAAAAAAACAAAUUAUCCCAACAGAAACUAUAUUAGCUAGUUUAAGCUAGUUAAAAUGUCAAGCAUGUAGAACUGUAUUUUAAAACUAAAAAUGAAUCUCUACUAGCAAGAGCUCUCUUGAAAGGAAUCCAAAACUCAUGAAACACUCAUAGCACUGAAAUAAUUCUAAUUAGCUUUAUGGAGAUGUUGAUCCUAACCUGCAAUGUGUUCUGUUUAGAGAUUGAUGUUUGUGACUUGACUUUUAGUUUUGUUAUAAAUUGCUCAGAAUUGUUUUAAAUUGGGUGGCUAAAUCAAUAAAUCAAUCAGCUAUAUUCUAAAAAUAUGGAAUUUAUUUACAUGUCUGAAAAGAUCAAAAGUUUGAUGAAAUGUAUUCGCUCUCAGCCUUUGAAAUGACUCUUUAUUGAUGUCAUGGAAAAAUAGAAUAAUUUAGUCCAUAUUUUCUUUGAGACUUAGGCGUAGAAGUAGUCGUAUUUGCAGUUGUAUUAAAGCAAUUAAAUGAAUAAAUAAAUUUCUGAUUUCCAGUAUUCAGCUUUCAUUUGCACUGUGAGGGUUAAUUGUAGUAUUUAUUUUUUUUAAGUUGUAUACUAACAGCAGUAAUGAAAAAUAACAAGAUCGUUCUAAAAAACAGACGGCAGUAAAAUAAACACAACGACGAGGAUGGGAUUCGAACCCACGCGUGCAGAGCACAAUGGAUUAGCAGUCCAUCGCCUUAACCACUCGGCCACCUCGUCGCGGAAGCCUUUCCUCUCUCCAACCUUAUAAGAAGCGAUUCCUACCAAUGGCUUUCUCCUAUUUAGUUUUACUUAUGUAUAGGCUCUCGUUUCUAAGCAGCGACAAAUCAAAAUGUAGGAUUUUGUGCGGACAUAAGACAACCGCUCGGAUUCUAAAAAAUUAUUUACUCGGAUUUUUGCUAUUCCUCCUUCUCCUCCCUCCCCCCCCGCACAUUAUUUCGGCGUAGAACACUCGUGGCCACUUGGGGGGGACGGGGGUGGAGCAUGAUGUUGUACGGCAAGAGGAAACCGCCAUGAUGGAAAGGAGCCUUCAGGAGCCUUAGAGGCGGCGGCGGCGCAUGCGUGAAGCCUGGCGGUUAGUUUGAAUCUGACGGCUGUGGCGGCCUCAAUUCUUGCAGCUGUGGCAGCAAUGACUGGGAAAGUCGAUCGAUCCUGACAGCGAAAAAGGGACCUGGAUUUAACCGGAAGCGGGAACGGAGCCAGUGUGUGGUACUUAGGACAGGCGCGAGUUCAUGAUUAGGUAAGGCGGGUUUGCGGCUGGUUUCCCCAAGGCUCGUCGGAACCAAACCUUUUUCCGAAACACCGCCCUCCCCCGAAGCCCUUUUCCUCACGGCUAGCUGGGGAAGGCAGCCGGAGGCCCGCCGCGAAUGACUCCAUUUUCUUAGGAACUUCCAAACAGCCUCCCCCCCCCAUCUUUCCCUCCCUUUUUCUGUCGAAGAUUUCUGCCCGCGGCCCACCUAGCGGAGCAGCAGUGACUCGUGCUUAAUACUGCAGAUACCAGAGUCUUUCAAAAUGGACAGGAUAUAUUCUGAGAUGAAUGAGGAAAAAGACUUUACAGAUGGCACGAAUAAAAGAAGAAUUUCAUCAAUUUUAAAAGCUCCCCGAACACCUCUUUGUGACUUAGGCGCAGGAAAUGAACUUACUCAGGAAUGCAAUGUUGAGAAACGUCAGAAAAAUUCCAGGCGGGUGAGUUUUGCAGAGACCAUAAGAGUCUUUCCACAUGAUCCUCAAACUUUUGUCGAAUUAAAUCAUGCAGAACCUUCAAAAGAAGAAGCAAGAAAUCAAAGUCUGCUAAAUGAAAAUGAAGAACCAGAAGCUACCAAGUAUGAAAUAACUGGGAUGAAUACUUUACUUCAUGCUCCUAUCCACACUUUGCAACAAAUGGAGUGUCUUGAUGCCAACCCUAUCCAAGAGUUGAACAUCAUGGAUAGAACACAGAUUUUUUCAGAACAAAAUGAAAUGGAUAUGACAUCUGGUCACACAGUCUUGAUUACCCACGACACCAAAGUCUGCCAAGAAAGUGACAAACCCAAGAAAAUAAAUUUUGAAUCAUUUUUGUCUGAGAUAAAGCCUGGAAAAAAAGCUUCACAAGUUACUGAAACCUGCUUCUCAUAUAGCCCUGUAAAAAUGAAUGAAAGCAAUUUAUCUCAGAAGACAAAUACUGAAAAGACACACAAAAUUAAUUUAGGAGACUUUUUGGAAAGUUUAAGGUCCACUAAAUUAUUUUCAACGCCAUGUAAUGAGAUUACCCCUUCAGGUGAAGCAGCUUUAGAAAGAAAUACUUAUUCUUCCAAACAAACUGCAUGUUCUCAUCUGCAAACAGAAAAUUGCAACAUGACUACUGUCUUUGGAGGACUUGAUGAUAAUAGGCAACACACUGAAACCUCUGCUGUAUCUAUUGAAAAAUUAUUUCUUUCUGCUCCAAAGCAACUAGGAUGUGCUGAAAGAAUGGAUGCAAUUACUGCCAAUAUAGGAAGACUAUUGCCAUCUGGAACUAGCACAAGUAGUAUGAUAAACCAGCAGACUCUUGGAAAGGAUAAUUGGGUUACUCAUAGCACAGUUAGCUGUACACUAAGGACUUCAAAUUAUCAGCUUGGUAUUCAGCAAAAGACAAAUAGGUAUCCCAGUGAAAUAAAUAUAAAUAACAAGGAAGCAAACAUUAACCACAAUUCUGCAAUCAAGAUAACUAGCAGGAACACCUCACCCUCACAAAGUAGUUUUGGAACUAUUACAGAACCCAUGUGCCUUUCUUCUGUUACUUCUCUACCUGUUCUCUAUGGUGAUAAAACUAAUUUCUCUGAAGAUAUGGAAAUGACCAAGAAUUGUACAGGUUUAAUCUGGCAAGUACAUUCUAAAGGAACAGAUAGCCCUGUUCAUGGCUUAGUUCAAAAACAGAGAAAUGAUGUUUUCGAGCUAAUGGACAGAACUAAUUUUAGAGAGGUUGAUAUGGACAUUACAAAAAAUCAUAUUUCCAUGAAUUCUUAUGUAAACAGUAUGCACCCUUCUAACUCAGUCAAUAAGAUGACUGCUGCAGAUCAGGAAAAUGAUUAUGGUAACAUGGAACUUUUAAACCAAAGAGGAAAUCUUAGCUCUGCAAAAAACAUAAAUACAAGUCAAGUUUCCAAGAGUUUUAAAAAGCAGAUAGAGACUCCAUUAAUGCCAUAUGCUACUAGUGGUAUCACUAAGUGGACUAACUCAGCAGUAGGAGAUAGUACAAUUAAUACAACAGUUGGGCUUUCAAACAAUGUAGUAUCUUUAAUACCUGAACAUGAAAAUACCUUCACUUUCAGUAAGAAUAUGGAAAUAAGUAAAGCUGCAGGAUCCUUAAGACAUAAUUCUCUGAAGCCUGUUGCAUUCCGGGAUACACCACAGCAGUUGACAGGUGCUAGUAGGAAAAGCAUAACUGAUUCAGAUUCUGAUAGGUUUAUGGCAUUGCCACUGAGUGAAGACAAUGAAAUGGAGAUUACCAAGAGCUGUACGGUGCAAGUAAAUUACAACAUGCAGCAGUAUGACAGACCCACUGAAGUGUUUCCCUUAGAAUCUGUAGACAAAACUACUAAUAUAUAUAAUGAUAUGGAUGAAACUAAACCUGUAACAUGCAUAAUAAAUCAGCAUCUCGAAAAUUCUGGUUCCCAGAUUAUGCAAAAGCAAAAUAAAUCUGGUAGAACUAGAUCAACCCAAGAUAGGACUAUUGUGUUUUCCCUCAGUGACGGGAAUGAAAUGGACAUUACUAGAAGCUACACAGUAGCAUUAAACCAUGAUGCUGUCACCUAUUCAGAAGAUAGGCCUGUUCUAUCAAUUGUACCUUCAAAUAAAACUCUGCUAUCUACAUUAAAUAAUGAUGUGGAAAUAACUAAUCCUACGGCAAGUGAAACUCUUAGAAGUAUACCUGACUUUCUUAAUGUGCCAAAGCAGAAUGCAGAAACUGGAAGGAAAAUAAUUGAAUCAGAUAGUGAUACUUCUGUUGCAUUUCCUUUGAUUGCAAACAGUAAACUAGAGUUUAGGAAGAGCCUCACAGAGGCAGUAGAAAGAACUCAAGAACAAACUUCAUCUUCUGAAGAGAAUACCAACAUUAAUAGAUCAAAUAAUAUAGCAGUAAAUAAAAGCAUGUCUUUUGUUCCUGCAGAUAAAACUCUAAUGUUUGUGCAUAAUAACGACAUGGAAAUAACUAAACCAGUAACUAUGACAUCUAUCGAAGAUACUGGCUUUGAGACUUUGCAGUUAAAAGACAAAGAAAAUGGCAAAGCAAUUCUAGUGAAAUCUGCCAAGGAAGGAACUGAUGUGUGUUUGCUGGAUGAAAAUGAGAUGGAAAUGACAAGAAGUCAUACAGUAGCAGUAAACUAUGAUAUCCAACAAGCUAAGACGGCCCCUCAGAAAUUGUUUUUAGAUUGUGCAAAUGAAACCAAUAAGUCUGUACAUAAUAAUUAUGAAACAAUAAGUAAAUACUCAAGUUUUGUUCCUGCAGAAAACAUGAUUAUAAGCAAUAAUGAUAUGGAAAUGACAAAAUCUUUAUCAGCUGAAAUUUGCAAAAAUAGUCUAAAACCUUUGCCACAGAACUGUGAGUCUACCUUAGUAAACCCAGUUAAUUCUAGUGUUUUUGCACAACAACAUAAUGAAAUGGAGAUUACAAAAUGCCACACGGUAUUAGUUAACCAUGAGGAUGUCUUCCAUAACAAAAAGACUCUGCAAAUAUCUGUUCAGGAUAAUAUGGGUACUGCAGGAUUUGCUACAUUUGCUAAAAAUCCUGAAGAAAAUUUUCAUAAGAAUAAGACUGAACCAGAAAAGAAUGCUGAAUGGGAGUUCUCUUCAAAUCAAACAGCUACUGAACCAGUAAAUACUAAUAUGCACACAGUAUUGUUUGAUAACAAAACAAUUGAAUAUUGCCAGGUGUCUAGCCAAACUAAGCAACUUUUUCCUUUCAAUGAGACUAACGCCUCCACAUCUUAUCGGGAUGGCAUAGAAGCUACUAGCUUGCACUCUGAUACUAUAAGUUGUGGGAAUCUGCAGGAAUUUAAGAAAGAGAUGCUAGAAAAAAAUAUGGAACAGAAUCACGAGGAAAAGACAAAUGAUCUGGAAUUUAUCAAAAAACACACAAUUACCAACAAGGAACAUAAUUGCUAUGUGCUGUCUGUUGAAAAACAGAUACCAAGGACCUCCAGAAUGUCAAAAGAGAAAACAGCUGCCUUUUCAGAUGAUGGGAACAUGGAGGUAACUAGCAACUAUACAACAGGAAUUGAAAGGAUGUUUAGGAGUGAUAGAAAUGAAUGUGAGUUACAUUCCCUUGCUAUACCUAAUGCGGAAUUCUCUGCUUCAAUAGUGGAUUGUGAAAAUAAAUUAAAUAUUGACAAAACUACAUCUGAAAAGUCCAUUGUCCAAGUACAGCAGAACAUUUUGAAUACUAAAGAGAGACAACUAGAGUCUUACACAACUGAAAUUAAUAAUCAUGCAAAGGAAAUUGUAUCAAAUAUAGAUUCAAAUAAAAAGAACAAAAUUAUAUUUCCUAUCCAAAAGUCCUCACUAGUGCCAAUCCCAUCUGAUGAAAUUGCCCUUGAUUUAGACAGAGAGAAAAACCUGUUGGAGAAAAGCAAAAUGGAAAAAGAUGACCAUAAAAAAUUAUCUCAAUCAAGACAAUUGGAUGAUAUCACUAUAAAAGCAAUGGAUGUUCUUCCAUAUGAUGACAAAAUCAGAAAGAAACCUGAAUGGGGAAGCUUUUCAAAAGAUCAACAUAGCGACUUGAAAUCCAGUCCCAUAAAUAUACUUCCAGUGGAAGAGCCAGUCAUUUUAAAGAAAGGAUCUAGUGUUAUCAGCAAUUGUCCAAAGUUACAAGAUGCCGAGAAGAAACCAGAACUUGUUCUGUUCUCUUGUGAUGCUGUGUCCAGUUUUAGUGAAGAAUUGCCGAAGCUGAUAACGAAGCCAGAUUGCUCCUUGAAGUUGAAAGAAGACAGAAGAACCGAAUCCAAUGCAAUGGCUUCUAAAGCAGGGAUAAAUACAAGUUCUACUGAGGGUAUGCCUCUUAAUGUACCUUUAAGUACAGAUAACAGUAAAAUAAGAAGAAUACCCUUGGCUAUCUUCCCACCUAAAUUACCAAAUAAAAGAAAAUCUGCAUUUUCCAACAUAGAAGCUACUGCUGCCAAGCUGGAUAAAAACUCAGAAAUUCAAGAUUCCGAAGUCUCUUUACUUACAAAGAGUUCCUCAGAAAAAAUAACCCAGAAACUGCCUUCUUUUUACAUAGAUGAAGAACUGCUUCCUUCAUAUGCAGAGGAAAUGGAUUCUAAUGAAUCUUCCUGCCAUGAAGGGCCAGAAAAAUGUCCUGAUGAGAUAAAUGAAAAAAUAAUUGUUAAUAAUGAAAUGUUUGAAACUAAUCAAAAAUUAAAGAGAGCUAGAAAUCAAGAAAAUGAAGACAUUCAAAAAGAAAAAAAAUUCAAGAAAGACAUGGACUGGAAUGAUAUCGCAGAACAAAAGGAGACCCUUCAUAGCACAGUGGUGCCUCAUAACAACACAGAAACUGAUGAAAAUAAGUAUAUUUCAGAAGUGAUGGACACAAAACUGGAAAAGAGACAAAGCAGCAAGAACAACCUUAUUGAUUCAUUUAAGGCUGAUACAGAUUGCAAUGUUCAAAAGAACAGUGAACUGGAGACUCAGCUUCUCAUGGACAGUAUUUGUGAACAAAAUUUGCAAGAGAAAUUGCUGGAAGGUACCAUCACAGUUCGUGAAUUUUUCACGCUUCUCCAAGUCCAUGUUUUAAUACAGAUGCCUCGCCAAAGUCAACUUCCGCUCAAGCACACAGUCAACACAUCAUCUAUCCCAGAAGAUGAGAUUCUCAGCCACUUCAUCUAUCAUCCGAAAUUACAGGUUUAUAAGGAAGAUUGUCAAACUCUUCACAAGAUAAUAGAAGAAUUAAAACUUCAUGCAGCUGACCAAGAUAAACUUCUGAUGAAUAUGAAUAAAAGUUUUUGGGAAGUAAUGAAAACUUGUUCAAAUGAAGAGCUGAGAGGUUUUGGUGCUGAGCUGAACAAAAUGAAAUCCUGUUUCACCAAGAAAAGUAAAGUUCUUGCUCACAAAGGAAAAGCAAAAUUAUAUGUGAACUUGGUACACCAUGCAAAGCUGCAAUAUGAAAAACUACAAUCAAGAUUAGCUAAAAUGGAUGAACUUCUGAAAGAAAUGGAUAGCUGUCUUUUUGCUCUGGAGAAAGAAACUGCUACUCUGGAUGAUUCUAAGUUGGAUGCUAAUUAUGCCAUGGAGGAACAUGAGACCAAACUGAAACAUAUUGAGAGCGAACUAGAAAAUUACAAAUCCCAAGAAGAUAAUCUUCAAAGAGAUCAGUCAGAUCUCAGAGAUCAAAAACAACAGAUAAUUUCUGGAAUCAACCAGCUUCAAAGAGACAUAAGAAGUUGCCAAGAACGUACAGAGAAAUACAACUUCUCUGAGUGGGUAAUAAAGGAAUGGAAUGAUCAGCAGGCAGUAUUUACUUUCCUUUAUGAUUCUGUUGAGUUCACUGUGGGGUUUAAAUGUCCCUCAGAUGAUGCUACUUUCAAAAACAAGUUCUACCGGGAAAUUGUUAGUCUGAAUUUUGAAUCAUUAUUGGAUGAAACAAAAGCAGUGCCUGCUGCAAAACUAGUGCAUAAGCUGAUCUUUCAGUUUAUUAAAAGUCAAAAUUCAUGGCAAGAGAAAUGCUCAACAGUGUAUCAACUUUCUCAGAUAUUGCGUGAUCUGUCUCUCAUGGUGAACCGCUGUCAACUUCUGGGAGAAGAGAUAGAGUUUCUGAACAAAUGGGGUGGAAAAUUUUACUUGCUGAAGACUGAAGUGAAUGACACAAAUAUAAGCCUUUUGUUCUCCAGUUCUAUGCCUCUUGCAAAGUUUGAAGUCGAACUCUAUUUAUCUGCCAAUUAUCCAACAUCUCCAUUAGCUUUCACUAUCCAAAAAUGCACAGGCAAUCUUGGCCACGAGGAAAUUUCUGUGGUUUUGUCCAGUGUUCCAGUGGGAGCCAACUAUUUGAAGAGAAUGGUCAAUCACAUUAGUUGUAAUCUACUCCAAUAUCCUUCAGCAAUUCCAAAAAAUAAAAGAGCAAUUGUGCAAUAGUUUGUUCUCCUAGAAUACUUGGAAAAACAUCAACUAUCAUGCACGCAGUACUAGAAUUAUUACAUCUUUGUUUAAACUAUAAAAAAGCAGAAAUGGUUUGCCUUUCUUCUGUAAACUGUAGUGCAAAACUGUAAUGUGGUUCCUCUAUAUUUUUUUAUUUCUUUUCGGUAUUUUUCAGUAGUGCUUUGCCCUGCCUUUUAUUUCUGAGAGACUAUUUUAUAAUAGAAUAAAGUAUAUUGUAGUUGAUGUAAUUUUGAAACAUACUGCAGUGAAGGGAUGCUAAAACGAGCUUUUGAUUCCUAUCUAUAAAGCACUUAAGUAAUUGAAUGUUGGAUAUAGAAUACUGGAUCAGUCUCCUAAUCUUUUAAAAAUGAUCAUAGGAUGUAGUAAAAUUUUAUUCUAUUAUACUGACUGAGGAAAGUCUUCAGUUUCAAUGAAGACAGCAGACAUUAUUAUUAGCAUGCAUUUUUGUGCAGGCUCAUCUUGUAUCUGUAAUGUUGACAUUCUUACAACAAAACUUCUAGGAUUUGUUCUCUUGUCUAAUAUUUUGUUGGUGGACAAAUUAUGUUUAUAUGUAAAAUAUUGCAUAUUUAAAUGCUUUUUGAUGUUUGUGUGUUUUUUAACUUUAGUAUUUUGUCAAAAAGGAAAGUGUAAUAAAGUUUACAACAAUACUUUUACCAUCUUGGUAGUGAUUUAGAAAUUAAAAAAACACUGCCAACACUUAUAUUCAACAUUAUCUCACUAUGUUAUUUCUUUAUUUUAUUUUGUAUUUUAUAUUUUUUAUUUUAAUAAGAUUAAAAAAUGCUUUAUAUAUUUUAUUUUUUUAAAAAAAAUCUAUUCCCUCUAAAUUGUGUGAAUCACAUUUUGUUAUUUAUUUAGAAUGUUUCUGUUAACAUUUAAAAUGUUGGGUAAAGCUACCUUUAUUUCACACCAAUUUUAUGAAAAGAAAAAAUAAGAUUUUGUAGAAAUGCUUUUAUAAGUAGAACUGAACUAUGCAUCCAAAUCGAGAAAGGUUAACAGCAUGUGUAAUAGAAACAUUGUGGUCCAGUAUUCAAUAAUAGUUAUACUUUUUAUUAUAGAAAACAAAAACUAGAUUAAUAUAGUAUAGUAUAAAACUUUACUUUUUAUAGAUUUUGCAUUUUUCUUAUUCAGAAUCACAUCUGAAAACAUAAGUAAACAAAGUUUUUUUAAUUCCUUUCAUCUUAAAUACUUAGUAUAUUUUUAUACACUGCUUUACUUCCUGUGUUUUCCUCUUAUUCAUGUCCUGUUUUUGUCUGUUUUUCUUGUAUCUUUUCUAUUUAUUAUUCCCCCAUUCUGUUUUCAAUAGUUUUAAUUUAUACUAGGAUGUUACAUGUCCCUAAAAAUAAAUCCUAAUGAAAGUUAAUUGACACCUAUUUAAUUUGAAUACAUUGAAUAUGGAAAAGCAAGGACAUCAGCCUGGCAACUAAAUGUAGAUUAAUCCACAUCAUUAUAUUUCCCAUAGCUACUUAAGAGUAGCAAAAGUUGGUCCAUGAA